UUGGCGUCUGCCGACCCUUCACGGCCAGAGAUCCGGGUUCACAGAAGGCUGGGCGUCGAUGGCGCGGAUCCCUCUCCCCCGCGUUGCCCCGGCGUCUCCCCAGGGUCCGCUGUCGUAGCGGAGCGGAAUUAAGCUAACUGACUUUCCAUAAUGUUUGGUGGCUAUGAGACUAUAGAAGCAUAUGAAGAUGAGCUUUAUCGUGAAGAUUCUUCAAGUGAACUGAGUGUUGAUAGUGAAGUGGAAUUUCAGCUCUACAGCCAAGUUCAUUAUGCCCAAGAUCUGGGUACUGCCAUCAAAGAGGAAAAACAUGAGGAAAAGAACUGUGAGAAUUCUGAAACAUCAGGCAAUCAACCAGAUCAGAAGAACUUAAUUGUCCUUUCAGAUAGUGAGGUCAUCCAGCUAUCAGAUGGGUCAGAGGUCAUCACGUUGUCUGAUGAAGAUAGUAUUUAUAGAUGUAAAAGAAAAAAUAUUAAAGUCCAAGCACAAGAAAAGACCCAGAGUCCUGGUUCUCAUUCUAAUAAAUUGGCUAAGAAAUGCAAGAGGGAUAAUGAGAAGCUGGAAGUGAGAUCAAGUGUGAUCCGAGAAGUCAUGAUCAUAGAGGUCAGUUCAAGUGAAGAGGAAGAAAGCACCAUUUCAGAAAGUGAAAAUGUGGAAAGCUGGAUGCUACUGGGAUGUGAAGAAGAUGAUAAAGACAAUGGUAUCCUUCUCAACCUUGUAGGAUGUGAGAACCCUACUUCUGAAGGAGAAGAUGAUGUAAACUGGUUCAUCAGUGACAAGGAUAUCGAGGCCAAGAUAGGUAAUAACAGAUCAUCUGGAAGAUGGACCAACCGAUAUUAUUCAGCCAACAAAAAUGUCACAUGCAGGAAUUGUGACAGACGUGGCCAUUUGUCAAAAAACUGCCCCUUACCACAAAAAGUCCGCCCUUGCUGCCUCUGCUCGGAGAGAGGACACCUCCAGUACGCCUGUCCAGCCCGUUUCUGCUUAGACUGUUCUUUGCCCAUGUCUUCCACCCACAGAUGUCUUGAAAGAUCUUCCUGGAGAAAACGAUGUGACCGAUGUGAUAUGAUAGGCCACUAUGCUGAUGCUUGCCCAGAAAUCUGGAGGCAGUAUCACCUAACGACCAAACCUGGACCACCUAAAAAACCAAAGACCCCUUCUGGACAAUCAGCAUUAGUGUAUUGCUACAACUGUGCACAGAAAGGCCAUUAUGGACACGAAUGUGCAGAAAGACGAAUGUUUAACCAGACAUUUCCAACAUCUCCAUUCAUCUACUACUAUGAUGAUAAAUAUGAAAUUCGGGAGAGGGACCGGAGACUAAAACGAAAAGUGAAAGAAAUACAGAAAAAUGGAGAUUUUCCAAGGAAGUUCAAGAGACCACAUAUAGAACAGGCAGAUAAGAGGCACCACCAUGACAUGAGGAAGAGCCAGGCCUCAAGGAAAAGCAGUGGGUGGCCUCAAGAAAAUAAAGAAACCCAGAAAGAAAUGAACAGAAAUAGAGAACGUGAGCGGCACAGGCAGGCUGACAGGCAUCGGAAGGCAGAUGAGGACUUUCCUAGGGGCGCGAAAUCCCAUUCUGCUGGCAGAGUUAAAACCCAGAAACCUCCCAAGUCCUUUUACCGCUCAUCCCAUUACCACAAGCUGAGAGCAGACAAGCUUCCCCUAGAGAACAAGCGGAGCAAGCCUAAGAAAAGGGAGCAGCACACAGAAGAUGGUGGCGAUGAUGACUUAUUUCUCAUUAAGCAAAGGAGAAAGAAAUCUAAGCUGUGAGACGGCAUCUGUCCCUCCUUCCCAGUGUCUAUUCGGUCUUCAAGUCCGUGAUAUUCUGCCAGUAUUUUUCUUAGCUGUAUUUAAAUGAAGGGAAGCUUUGGUCUUGAUAGCUUAAUUUUGGCCAUACCUAGAGUUGCUGAACAAUGGCCAUGGAGAGCUCAGAUCUCUGUGGCCAACAGAUUUGUUACUUGGUAGGAAAACAGCAAGAUAAACUUGGACUUCACUUCGAACAUCAAUUUUACUUAAGGUAGGAAAACUCAGCCUUUUCAAGGAAACCUUUCUUAAAUGCUUUGAAAAAAUUACAAGCUCAUCAAAUAAAAUUCAUCCACAAUGUGAGUGUGAGGAUUAAAAGCUCAUAGGAAGAGAAAUUAUUAAUAAAAAAAUUGAUCACUUUUUUAGCAUUCUUUUUUUAAAGAACACUGGAAAGGAUAGUAAGAAUCAAAAGCCAACUUUUCCUGUUUCUGGGGCUGUUUUCAGAACCGUUCUUUGGGUAGAACAUCAAAAGCUAACUGUAGCGAUGAAGAUGCCAUCAUUGAAACCCUGCAGAGGCAGAGAAGGGACAACAGCAAGAUACAUGGAAGAGAUCUGUCCAGUAUAAAUUGUGUGAGACAGAUUUCCUUAAACAAGUGAAAAAGAGUCUUCAGAAAACUAACACAAUUACAGUGAAACACUUUUACCAUUUUAUAGCCAUGUUUUAAGAAUUCUGUCACUCGUAUAGAGAUAAAUGUUAUCCACAUUAAUUGUUUUCAUGGAUCUUUUUAACUACUGAAAUCUAUUCAGAAGUUUUUUGUACUUGUGAGCCUUUUUGUACUUAUGAAAGACUGAAGUUCAAAUAAGAAAAAUAAAAUGCCUGAAGCAGUUAGUCAAUGUGUUUAUCAUGUUAAAAAGACAAUGCGGGUCUGGGUCACAGCGCAUAGAUGACUUGAACAAGUCACUUCAGUCAUAAAAUCUACCUUAAACUGAAGUCAGAUGCCUUUGUUGCCCAAGCACAAGCUAGAAUAAAACUGUGUGGAAUCCAUUAA